AGUAAUCAUAUUCUUCAUAAUCAUUACUUUCUCAUUUUAUAUCAAACGUAACAAAGUUAUCUCUUUAGUAAUUAUAUUUUCAAUAAUCACAUAUUCAGUAAUUAUAUUUCUAGCAACAUAUCAAAAGCAACCUUAGUAUCUUAGUUCUUCUAGCUUGAUAGGAAGAGCUCUUGGUGGGUUCAAGCACCGGUGGUCCAUUGUUGGUAUUUUUACUAGACUGAGUACAUAAAAACUAUUUAUAAUUCCUUGACAAGAUUGAAAUCAAAGAAAUAAAAACAGUUACCAAGAGAAAAAAAAAAAAGAAAUCAAAUACAACUAUAUAUCCUUUCUGAUUAUGGAUUUUAAAUAAUUAAGGCAGUACCUUUAUUUUUUAGGAUGAAUUAAGGGGAGUUAUUAAGUGCAUGCUUGGUUGCUUUGCAGCUAUAGUUACAAUCAAUUAAAAAUAUUUUAAGACAAAAAUAGAAGAAUUUAGCACUAAAAUAUUUUUGUCAAAAAAAGUUAAUCUAACAGCUCCUAUAUUUGUAUGUUUUCAUAGCUUGAUCUAGUCAGAUCAAUUUUACUUUAUGUGUGUUAAGGCUUAUUUUAGUAUGAAUUUUUAUGAUUUAGUAUAUGCUUUCGAGUUAUGAAUGGAACGGCACGGUGAGAGUGGGAGUAUUUUCUCUUUGAUGUGAGGGCAUUAGAACACAAAAUUAAACUUGUUCGUAAAUCCAUUCAUUUAUUUUUUUUAUUUAUCACCAUUAAAGACAAAAUAUCAAUCAAGUUUGCAGCUAGCCAGACUGGGAAAUUAUGAGUUUGUAAAAUUAACUAAUUUGAUUGAUGGGUCCAAAUCGGAAUGAUUUCCAGGGCACGUAGAUUCUUUAGCAAGUUCAUUUAUCCAUAAGAAUACAGGCAGGACUUCUCUCUCUCUCUCUGUCUUUCUCUCUAUAUAUAUGCAUAAGAAUGGCAAAAUAAUUCAUUAACAAUCAUCUGUGUGCUAUAUUCAUUGCUUUUCCAAUUCAUUUAUCCACAACUAUGGCGGUUGCAAACCAGCAUGGAUGUCUUUGUUUGGCCAUAAUCUUCAUCUUUGGAACUAAUUUAGUCUUUCAAGCCACUUCCCGCACUCUUCCGAUCCAAGAUUCAGCAAUGUAUGAGAGGCAUGAGCAAUGGAUGGCACAGUAUGGACGAGUCUACAAGGACAGCAACGACAAGGAAAAACGUUUCAAGAUUUUCAAAGAAAAUGUGGCUCGUAUCGACGCUUUCAACACUGCUAAUGGCAAGCCUUACAAGCUUGGCAUCAACCAAUUUGCAGAUCUUACAAACGAAGAGUUCACAGCCUCUCGGAAUAGAUUCAAGGGCCACAUGUGUUCCAACACAGCUGCUUCCUUCAAGUAUGAAAACGUCACUGCAGUACCAUCUGCCAUGGACUGGAGACAGAAAGGAGCUGUAACACCCGUCAAGGACCAAGGCCAAUGCGGGUGUUGUUGGGCGUUCUCGGCUGUGGCAGCAAUGGAGGGGAUCAACAUGAUUACAACCGGUAAGCUAAUCUCUCUCUCUGAGCAGGAGUUGGUUGACUGUGACACCAAGGGCGAGGAUCAAGGUUGUCAAGGUGGUCUGAUGGAUGAUGCAUUCAAGUUCAUCCAGAAGAAUCAAGGCCUAACCACUGAAACUGAUUACCCCUACAAGGGAGUUGAUGGGACUUGCAAUACCAACAAGGAAGCUAACCACGCAGCCAAGAUAAAUGGAUAUGAAGAUGUGCCUGCGAAUAGUGAGACGGUAUUAUUGAAGGCUGUCGCCAAUCAACCAGUUUCUGUUGCUAUUGAUGCUGGGGGUUUCGAAUUCCAGUUUUACUCGGGUGGUAUAUUUACAGGAGCUUGUGGAACUCAGCUAGACCAUGGUGUUACCGCUGUUGGUUAUGGAGUUGGCGAUGAUGGGACUAAAUAUUGGCUGGUGAAGAACUCUUGGGGCACGAGCUGGGGUGAAAAGGGGUACAUCAGGAUGCAGAGAGAUGUUGAUGCAAAGGAAGGCCUCUGCGGUAUAGCAAUGGAAGCUUCUUACCCUACUGCAUAAAAUUCAUUCUGAUAAGGCAAUACCUGCCACUCAGACUGUAAUACUAUAAUGUUUAUCCUACUCUUUAGUUUUCUCUAGUUCGAGCUUUUGGUUGCUCAUAUUAUCAUCAAAACUCUAUGUUUGGUCUCGUAUACCAAAACAUAGUCUAGAAAACUGCUAUUGCUGUAAAGUACAAAAACGUAUGAAUAUAUAUA